UUCCCUCCCCUAGCAUUAGCUGUAAAAAUGGAGGCGUUGGCAGAGCUAGAGCGAGUCCAGACUCGAAUCCUCGAACGAAUAUUGAAGCUAGAGCUCUCUCACCUGCCUCAAAAUGCCGAACCUAUCUCUUCUUCCUCUCCUCUCACCAAUGGCUAUACCAGCGCCGAUGUCGAAUCUCGCCUUUUCAAUAUUCUACGGUCGAAUGGCGUCAAUGACUUCAUGUUCAAGAGAGUCGCCUCCGAUUAUUAUGACUGGCCUUUCGAAUCCCGCCGCGACGCCCUUGGCGCCGCCUCUGUCCAUCAUCUUUGCAAAAGCAUCGUUUUGGUCAAUACUCAAGCCCCGUCCAAUGUAAUUGACUGUAGUGAUUGGAACAAUUCAAAGUAUUAUGUUGUUGUAGUCCAGUAUACUGCUAGAUUCAAUGCUGAAACUGUCAAAAAUUUUCUCUACACACUCAACAAUGGCAAGAUAUCAAAGAAGAAAUUUAACUUGAGACUUGCUCCCGAGGAGACAUCAAUUAAGUUGACUGGCUAUGAACACAAUGCAGUUACUUGCAUUGGUAUGCAAACUGACAUUCCAGUAAUUUUAGAUGAAGCCAUUGUAAAGCUUAAUCCCGAUUUCUUCUGGUUGGGGGGAGGCAAGGUUGAUCUGAAGAUUGGAAUCAGAACCUCUGAAUUCAUCAACUUUGUCAAACCUUUCAUUGUCAGCUGCAGUGGUAGCUAAUUAUACCCAUUGAUUCCACAAUAAGAAGAAAUUACAUGGGAAUCCAGUCUGCUGGAGAAUGAUGAUUAGUCUUGUAUUGGUUUCUUCGGGUUUAUUAAAAUUUGAAAGUCAAAUGCCGAAUUGGAAAUUUUAAGUCCUGCGUAGGCAGCCAUGUACUUGAUUAAGGCGGCUAGUGUGCCUUUUAGGUAGUCUUAUUAAAUACGGACUUUACUGAAUGAGAGAUUUCCUAAUACUCUUUAUGUGCUUGUUAUGCAAGAUAUCAAAGGGCCAAAGAUAGGGUAUAUUGGCUUGUCGGGUACCUAAUGACUUUGAAGG